AUGGCCUGGACGGCGCAACAGGCGGCGCGGCCCAACAACUUUGCGGGAGACGAGGGCCUUGAACCGGUGCCAGUCCCGUCGACGCCCGAGGUCCUGAACGAUGGGAGAAUUUACUACGACGAUGGAAAGGAGGUUUUCACGGCCUCCUCCGUGGCACCGUCUAGCUCGACUUUCUCCCCAACCCUCACCACCGCCACCGAAGCGACCAGAACUCCCGAUAAGCCUUUCCACCAUAUGAAACUCGAUACCGAAGAUGAAGACAAAAUCCCAAUUUCCCCGGGUCCUCCGGGUCCUCCGGUGCCCCCCAAAGACAACCGGUCCAGGAAAAAGCUCUUCAUCAUUAUCGGUUGCGUGGUAGCGAUCGCCGUUAUCCUCGCUGCGGUUCUGGGCGGUGUCCUCGGAUCGAGGAAGAGCAACGGCGGCAGCAGCGAAGAGGCAACAGCAUCGCCAUCUGCAUCAGCGACCUCUGCUCCGUCCAAAAUCCAGGCGGGCUCGUCCGUGGGCGUGGCGGCAUUCCAGAACGGCAACGACAACGAGAUUUACCUCUCCUAUAAAAACCCAGACAACACGGUCAAAUUCUUCAGGUCUUCGGAGAACACGGGUGGCACGUUCGAUUGGAAGACUCCCGAGUUGCAGACCCCAGACAAUGCUUUGGACAACGUCACGGCGAUGACCAUGUUUUCGGGCAUCGAUCAGUCGACCGACGUUGACGCGCAGAUCCAAGUCCAAUUGCUAUACUUGGAUACGAAUGCCAAGCUCAAAGGUCUGAACUACGUGACAGCCGGACAGUCCGAGUCCAAGGGUUUCACCAAAGUCGAUGUUAACGAUAGUGCAAUCACUAUUUCACCCCAGAGCGAUAUUGCCGGCUGGGGUCCAUUCACAGUCUUCCAGAACGCCAACAACACUCUCUCGGCACUCUGGUGGCAGUCCGAGACUCCCUGGAAGCCUUAUGCUUUCCAGUACUCACCCAUCGUAGGAUCGAAGCUUUCCAUCGUACCUGUGUCCAGAAACGCAUCCCACGUGAGCGGCACGGGGUGGUGGGCUGUCUUCUAUCAGAACGAGGAUGGCACCAUCCAGGCCGUGAUCGACCCAGGCUAUUGGCCAGAGACCCGAUCGCAGAAUCUCAGGGAUGUCAUUGAUAUUUGGACCACCACCUACCCAAAGCCCAUAGUCCCCUUGAAGCACUCUUUCGCAGCCUUUUCCAUCGCGCGUGAUCCUAACAAGGUCAACACUUCUUCCAAAGUGAGCACCUUCCUGCUGUAUCAAGACGACAGUGGCGACAUUAAGCAAGCCUGGGUCGACAACGACAAAACGUGGCAGACAUCGGCGCCCGACGAACUCAAAGGCGCCGACAACGGCACCGACAUUUCCUGCAUCACCACGCCAGCGUGGGAAAAGGACCGCACGUUUGACGGGCUGCUCCUCCAGGCGGCAUCUGACUUAACCAAGUGCUACUUCCAGAAGGGCGGGAAGCUCAUGGAAGUUAGGCUCAGCGGGACGAACUGGGUAGACCCCAAGGAGCUCGCGCUGCCUUAG